AUGGCCACUUUUCGAAUUGGUGCUGCCUUCGGCGCGGUCACCAUCGCUUUGCUGGUAUUUAUGCAGAUCCUGGCUGCGCUGCGACAUAUUGAGCAAGCACCCUCGUCGAGCUUCAGCGGGACCUUCAAUCAGUGGAGGAGCAGAGAGAGUGCACUGACGGAUGAUGACCUGUUUUUAGUUGGUGCUGGCAAAGCGGAUGUCACUGGUCCGAUCGUCGAGGUGGAUUUUAACGGCUAUGCCAGCCUAGACCAGCUGGGCACGGGUCUGCGCCAGCGAAUUUACUCCCGCGCGUUCAUCUUCGCUGAUCCUAACAAGCCCGAGGACACCUUUAUUUACCUGGUCCUCGACACGCUCGCUGGUGACACGGCAGUGAGACAUGGAGUCCUGGAGGGGCUCGCCGCGCUGGGUAGUGACUAUGCGCGCUAUGGCGAACAUAACGUCGCGUUGACCGGUACACACUCCCACUCUGGCCCUGGUGCGUGGAUGAACUACCUCUUGCCACAGAUUCCUACCAAGGGAUUUGACAAGCAGAGCUACCAAGCUAUUGUGGAUGGCACCAUCCUGUCCAUCAAGCGUGCGCAUGAGAGUCUGACCACUGGGCACCUGUCCUUUGGCUCGAUUGACCUAGAAGAUGCGAACAUCAAUCGCAGCCCUUACUCCUAUGAUCACAAUCCCGAGGCAGAAAAGGCGAAAUACUCGGCUAAGGUGGACAAGACGCUGACGCUCUUGCGCUUCGACCGUGCGUCAGAUAACAAGACGACCGCGGUGUUAACCUGGUUCCCGGUGCAUGGCACAUCCAUGUAUAACAACAACACCAUCGUCACUGGUGACAAUAAGGGCGUUGCGGCAUAUCUCUUCGAGCGCAGCGUGGACGGCGACUCGCGUUUUGCUGACGACGUCGUGAUCGGGUUCUCGCAGGCCAACGUCGGUGACACGAGCCCGAAUGUCGAGGGCGCGUGGUGUGAGGAUGGGUCGAACGAGCAAUGUACAUACGCAGACAGCAUCUGCGGCAGCACGAACGAGGCUUGCCACGGCCGGGGUCCGUUCUUCCGGGAGAAAGACAACGGUGCGAAAAGCUGCUUUGAGAUCGGCAAGCGCCAGUAUAACGCGGCGAAGGAGCUCUAUGGGCAGUUGAGCUCUGCCGGCACUGCCAUCACUGGCAGCUCGGAUGUUCGCUCCUUCCACGUAUACCAGGACAUGAACGGGUACACCUUCCGGUCGCCGUUCAAUGGUAGCACCCUGAAGACGUGUCCUGCGGCGCUGGGAUAUUCGUUCGCUGCCGGGACGACUGACGGGCCCGGCGCCUUCGAUUUCACGCAGAACGCGACUGGUCCCUCCACGGAAAAUCCGCUGUGGAAGGUGGCUCGGGCGUUCAUCCACCAGCCCACGGAAGAACAGCAGAAGUGCCAGGGAGCCAAAGAUAUCCUCCUGGAUGUCGGAACACUGACCGAGCCCUAUGCCUGGGCCGCCGACAUUGUGGACAUCCAGGUUCUGCGCGUGGGGCAGCUCUUCAUCAUCGUCUCCACCAGCGAAGCUACCACGAUGUCUGGACGCCGUUGGAAGGCGGCCAUUGCGCAAGCCGCCCAAGCCACACUUUCCGUCUCCAGCCCACUGAUUGUGCUCGGCGCUCCGUCAAACAGCUACGCGCACUACGUCGCGACCGAAGAGGAAUACAACGUCCAGCGCUACGAGGGUGCCUCUACCCUCUACGGCCCUAACACUCUCGCCGCGUACAUCAACCUCACCCUCACCUAUCUCCCCUACCUGGGCAGUGCUUCCGACAUUGCUCAGCUCUCAACCAUCCCGGCCGGCCCAAGCCCACCCGUCAACACCAAUAAAUCGCUCAGCUUCAUCACCGGCGUUGUCUACGAUAACGCCCCGCUCGGCAAGUCCUUUGGAGAUGUCGUCUCCAACCCGGCGGACCAGACCUACGGGCCCGGCGACUACGUCAACACGACUUUUGUCGGCGCUAAUCCGCGCAACAAUCUCCGUCAGGAGUCUACUUAUGCGGCUGUGGAGCGGAAGACAGACUCGGGGGUGUUGAAUUGGGAGCGCACGAAUCUGGUGCUCGGGUAUAGCGAGGUGACUUUGCAAUGGCAGAUUGAAGAUGACUAUUACAGCGUGGAUGAUCCGAGUCCCCUGCAGAGUGGCACUUAUCGGAUGCAUUACUAUGGAGACUCGAAAAGUGCGCUUGGAACGAUCUCCUCGUUUGAGGGGAUUGGUGGGUCGUUUACAGUCAAGGCUUCGUAG